AUGCCGUUUUGGUCAACUGGACCUCCAAUCGUACCUUGGACAAUCCCUCACUCGCCCAAGAAGCUGGUUGCCGCAUUCCCGUCGUCACUCAGCAGCUCCACCCGCAUACCAUCAAUCAACAACACUCAACAUCCAUCGAUUGUCUGCCGUUGUUUUCGCGCUGGGUCCACGACACGCCGUUCUGUAGCCACUGCUGCUGCUGCUGCUGCUGCUACUACUCCUCACCACUCCCUACUGCAGAUCCCUGCUCCCACUCCCACUCCCACUCCCACUCCCACUCCCACUCCCACUCCCACUCCCACUCCCACUGCCACUGCCACUGCCACUGCGCUACAUACUGCUAUAUCCACAAAAAAACUCUUGCUCCUGCUACGCUUAAUCCUAAUACUGCAAAACCGCGCCCGACAAAUUGGGUGUGGAAGUAGCACAUCCGCGGUGGAAGGCACGUUUGCCCCGGGCACAUCACGCACCAAACAGAAGCAAACAGAUUUUCAACAACUUCUUUUUGUCUGGUUGCGGCGGUCUCUUGUUGUCGGUCGAGCAGAAACACACCACACAAAACACGCGUUGCUAGCCCGCCUUUCCUUCUUUCUGUUUCUUCAAAGCGCAAAAGGCGCCCUUGUGUUGUCCUGCAACUCAGCCAAUCUACGUCGUUUGACUCGCAUCGGGUUUCUAGACCCCUCCAACCGUGUGCAGCUGGCCCCCCCCUUCGCGUCGUCUGGCAACCCAACCCUCCGACACCAUAAACAACACAGCCCACCGCUCAUACUGCCAAUUGUCAAUUGA